AUGAUGCAGAUUUUCAAUUGCAAGACUCUCAGCGUAAGAGCCGCUGCCCAGCUGAAGCUCUUAACACCACUCAUUCAAGAAAUCUAUAUUUCGGAUUUGAAAUUGCCCAAGGAUCAGCGAAACCCCAUCUUUCACCAGUUUUAUGAUACACUUGUAAGAGGUGCUGAGCUGGUGAAAAAAUGCGAAAAUAUUAGCACUUUGAACCUGCCUCUCAAUCACAGGUAUGCUUCGCAGAUUUUCAAGCUUGAAAAGGAUAUUAAUAGCUUCCUGGGCUUAAUUCCUGCCCACAUAUUGCUUGAUACCAGAGUUCUUUUAGCAGAACUGAAAAACAAUUACCCAUCAGAGGCUGCAGACAUGAGCAGGGUAUUGAAUGAUUCCAUCUUCAAGCAAGCUUCCCUGCUAACAAACGAUCCUUCCCAAAAUACCAUGAUGCUUCAACAAAUGGUUUUAGAUGAUUUGUUUGACUUUACUGAGAUUGUAGGAGAUUCCACAAUCUAUAAUCGUGAUAAUGGUUAUGGAAAAUUUGAAAUUUUGGUUGGUCUGGAGAAAUCCAUUGGGGAUUUGAAGGGGCAUUUGUUCAACAAUGAAGUGUCUGUCGUUGGUGUGCAAUGUAUGGGUGGUGGUGGGAAAACCACAUUGGCCUUAGCUCUCUGCAACGAUCUUCAAAUGAAAGGUGAAAGGUUUUCCCCUCAAUUUGGACCAUGUUUUCCUGUAGUUUUAAGUUUUCAUUUGAAAGGUACUAUGGGUGGUGGUACUAUGGGGGGUGGUGGGAAAACCACAUUGGCCUUAGCUCUCUGCAACGAUCUUCAAAUGAAAGGUGAAAGGUUUGCCCCUCAAUUUGGGCCAUGUUCUCCUGUAGUUUUAAGUUUUCAUUUGAAAGGUACUAUGGGGGGUGGUGGGAAAACCACAUUGGCCUUAGCUCUCUGCAACGAUCUUCAAUUUGGGCCAUGUUUUCCUGUAGUUUUAAGUUUUCAUUUGAAAGGUACUAUAGGGGGUGGUGGGAAAACCACAUUGGCCUUAGCUCUCAGCAACGAUCUUCAAAUGAAAGAUUAUUUUGGAAACAACAUAUUUUUAAUCACAGUUUCACAGUCCCCAAAUCUUAAGGGCAUUUUAGAGAUCAUGUGGGAAAAGAUAGUUAGGAAGAAGGUACCCGAGUUUGAGAAUGUGGAAGAUGCACAUAUACAGCUGCAGCAGCAGCUUCUGAAGCAAUUGAAGCCAGCACUGGUGAUUCUAGAUGAUGUCUGGAACAGAGUAAGUCUGGAAAAUUUGCUAUUUCAAGGCCCAGGAUACAAAACUCUCAUCACAACUAGAAACAGUUCCAUUAUACCGAAAGGCCUGUCUACUCAAGUGUAUCAAUUACCAUUGCUGGGCCAUAAAGAUGCUCUGUCACUUUUCUGCUUCUGGGCAUUCGGACAGACAUCGAUUCCAUGCACUGCAGAUGCAAAUCUAGUGAAAGAGGUGCAAGCAGAAUGUAAGGGUUUGCCAUUAGCUCUUAAGGUGAUUGCAAGCUCGUUGCAUGGGGAACUUCCUGUAGUCUGGGAGAUUGCAAAGAAUAAGCUUUCCAAAGGGGAACUUCCUGUAGUCUGGGAAAUUGGAAAGAAUAAGCUUUCCAAAGGGCUUCUUGAAUGCUUGGGGACAAGUGUUGAUAGGUUAGAUGAUGUGGUUAAGGAAUGUUUCUUAGACAUGGGGUCAUUUCCAGAGGACACAAAGAUCUGUGCUAAUGCUCUGCUAGAUAUUUGGGUUUAUUUUCGGAAUCUGGAAUGGCAGGAUGCCUUUGCCAUCCUAUUGGAACUUGCAAGCCGAAAUCUGUUGAAUUUGACUAGCAAUCCAGGUGGAACAACAAUUUCUCAUGGAAGUGUCUCUGAGCUGUACUUUUCUCAACACAAAGUAAUGAGAGAUUUGGCCUUGUAUUUGGGAUGCCAAGGUGAUAUAGUCCACAGAAAGAGGUUACUUAUGCGCAGGAAGGAGAAUAAUUUGCCAGAGUCAUGGGCGUUGCUUUGUGAUAGAGAGUUCGAUGCGCAAAUUGUGUCUAUUCACACAGGCCCUAUGGGGAAAAACCAGUGGUACGGGAUGAAUUUUCCGGAGGCAGAGGCUCUGAUAUUGCUCUUUACUGCGAAUGAGUAUUAUCUUCCUUCAUUUUUAAAAUCAAUGAAGAAACUGAAAUUCCUAAUGGUAUUCAAUUAUGGCACAAAGAGAGCAACGGUGAAGGUUCAGGAGCCUUUAUCUUCACUCACUCAACUCAGAAGUGUCCGCUUGGAGAGGGUAAUUGCACCAGCUUUAUUAAAACAGAGCAAAGUGCUACAGAACUUAGAGAAACUAUCUUUGAGCUUAUGUGAAGGGUUUCAAAACACAUCCACAUUCAACAAUAACAAGCUGCAUGAUUUUAAGAUUGAUCACUGCAGUGAUUUAGAGGAGUUGCCUCCAAGUAUCUGCAAUAUGCCUUACGCUCAGAUGUGGUCUAUUACCAACUGCUAUAUGGUUCAGAACUUAUCAUAUGACCUUGGAAAUCUAAGCUCUCUAAGAGUGUUAAGGUUGUCGGCACUGCCGGGCCUAAAAGAGCUUCCAUCAUCAAUCGGAAACCUUGUGGGGCUGGAAUAUCUGGACAUUUCAGUAUGUGUGGGUCUGAAACAACUUCCAGAGGAAAUAGGCCAACUAAAGAAAUUAACAGAGCUAGAUAUGAGAGAGUGUUCUCGUUUGAAGAGGCUACCUAGAAGUGUUUGUGGACUAACUUCCCUCAAACAUGUUAUCUGUGAUGAGAAGAUUGGGAAACAAUGGUUGAAGGCCAAGGGAAUUGCUAUCCCAGAGCUUAGGGUUGAUAUUGUGGAACUACGGUUCAGUUUGGAUUGGCUUGUUGAUUGA